CACCACCAAAAACCCUAGAAUCGAAAUGCUCCAUCUUUCUAUACUAAAAUUCAAACGUUAAUCACUCACUCCAACUCCAACUCCAACAACAACACAAUCAACCGAAACAUCAAUCACUCCGAAACUGAAAAAAUGGCUUCAAUCAAGGCAUCAUCUUCCAGGUACACCUCCUUCGACUCUCGAUCUUCCACCCAUUCUCAUAAAUCAGAUCCAUCCUCAUCCACCGAGCUCAAACCCUACAUCCAAUCUCGUGGCCCCACUUCCUCCUCACGUGCUCUCAUCAACGCCAAAUCCUCAGACCUAGCUCAAUCAAAGAGAUGCAAGAACGAUCAGAAUUUAUCUGCAAUGGUGAAGAAGUUCAUGGAAAAGAGGUCAACGACGAAGUCAAGGGCGACGGCGACCAAUUUGAUUAUUCCGGCGGAUUUUAUAGCGGAGGAUUUGAAGAAAACGGCGAGGAAGGGCACCAAUUUCACGGGGUUGCAUCGGAAGCUGUUCAGUAAGAAUUCGGGAUCUAAAAAUGAUGAGAGUGAGAAAAAGGCUUUGACGGAAGUGAAGGCGAAUACGAGGACUUUGGCAAUGGUGUUGAGAAGUGAGAGGGAGCUUUUGAGUUUGAAUAAGGAGCAGGAAGAAGAGAUUGCCGAGCUCAAGUUGAUGCUUGAGGGAAAAAACACAGAGGUUGAGAAGUUGAAGGAUUUAUGUUUGAAGCAAAGGGAAGAGAUAAAGGCAUUGAAGAGUGCCAUACUAUUCCCAGAUGUUAUGAACUCACAACUUCAGGAGCUUUUGGAGAAGCAAGGUUCAGAACUAAAGCAGGCCAAGCAACUCAUCCCGAAUCUCCAGAAGCAGGUCACUUCUCUUACCGGCCAACUUCAGUGCCUAGCUGAGGAUCUUGAAGAGGUGAAAGCAGAUAAAUAUUCAAUGAGGGGGUGCUAUGAUGGCCAUGUCAGCUCUCCACGGACACCAGUAUUUGAUCAAGAAGAGGCAGCUAAUUCUCUGGAGUUCAGCUCCUGGGAUCAUACAACCCCUGGCAGUCCAGAUGACAUGUUUCUCAAGGAUCUUAAUCCCUGUUUGACACCAUACUAUGCCAAGGCAAAGUCCAAGGAAUUUGAAGCAAUGGGCUAUAAUUCUCCAUGCCACAAGAUUGGUGUUGACAGCUUUGUGAGGAAGCCGUCGAAAAGUUCAGACUAUUGGUAAUGGUCCAACUCUUCAGGUAGCACUUCAGCCCAAGCAGCUCGCAGAUCCGAUGAAAGCACUUGCACAUAUGGAAAGCAGAUGCACCAGACUUGUCUGAAAUAUUCACAGCUUAAAGUUCCUUUGGAUUUGAGCUUUUUUUUUCAAUUGGUUACUUUGUCCUUCCAAAUCCCUAUUUUGAACUUCAAUUCUGGUCAGUAGUCCGUUUGUUAUUAUAUGUUAUAAGAUGCACUGACCGAAAUGUUCAUUUUUAUCUCAUUAAAAGAGG